AAUAUUUAGGUAAUGGCAAUACCAAAUGCCUCUUUUAGAAACUGUACAGACAGUGUAAAUAAAGAAGAAUUAAAUUCUGAAGAUAAGAUUUUAUUGCAACCAUUCCAUUAUUUACUUCAAGUUCCCGGGAAAAAAAUAAGAACAAAACUUACCAAAGCAUUUAAUCUAUGGCUUGAUAUUCCUGCUGAUAAAUGUUCCACUAUUGGUGAUGUAAUUGAAAUGUUACAUAAUGCUAGUCUGCUAAUAGAUGAUAUUGAAGAUAAUUCAUUGUUAAGAAGAGGAAUACCAGUAGCCCAUAAUAUUUUUGGAAUUCCAAGUACUAUAAAUUCCGCAAAUUAUGUAUAUUUUUUAAGUUUACAAAAAGUCUUGGAAUUAAAUCAUCCUGAAGCAACAAAAAUUUUUACAGAACAUUUAUUAGAAUUACAUCGAGGACAGGGUAUGGAAAUUUAUUGGCGAGAUAAUUUUGAGUGUCCUACAGAAGAAGAAUAUAAACGAAUAGUUAUUAAAAAAACAGGAGGACUAUUUGGUUUAGCAGUAAGACUGAUGCAGCUGUUCAGUGAAAAUAAAAGUGACUUUAGCAAAUUAAUAGGCAUUAUGGGACUUUAUUUCCAAAUUAGAGAUGAUUAUGCAAAUUUAAGAUCAAAGGAAUAUAAAGAAAAUAAAAGUUAUUGUGAAGAUUUAACUGAAGGAAAAUUUUCAUUUCCUAUAAUUCAUGCUAUUAACCAUCAUCCAGAAAAUCCACAAAUGAUCAAUAUUGUACGACAGAGAACUACGAGUAUAGAGAUAAAAAAGUAUGCAGUUGAUCUUUUAGAAUCAUUAGGUUCAUUUGAAUAUACGAGAAAAUUUUUAUUAGAAUUAGAUCAACAAGCCAGAGAUGAAAUACAUCAAUUAGGAGAUAAUCCUCAUUUAAUUGUAGUUUUAGAUGAAUUAAAAAACUGGAUAGAUACAUUUUAAAAAAUUUAAAUAAUAUCAAAUUUUGAAAUAUUAUGUGAUUUUAAAAAAAUUUUUUUUAUGGUUUGUA